UUUUUGAAAGUGUCAUAGCAAGAAUUAGAAAAUCCUUUUAGGCAAGGAGAAAUAUAGAACAAUUGAGACAACAACCUAAUUUCAUAGAAGAGCUUGACAUAAUAUGUAACAACCUUUGACUUUUUCUGCUAUCUAUAAUUAAAAAACAUGAAAAAAUAACUUAAAUUUACUGAUAAACAUGAUGAAUUUCAUCUGGAACAUGGGACAAUGGAACACUAUGGAUUACUUGACAAUACUGCAAUACUGAAUGAACAUAUGGAUUAACUGAGAUCUUUGUUCAUGUAUAUAUUUGUUUGAUUUUUGUAUGCAACUAUGUUUUAUGUAUAUAAUUUAUUUAUCGUUAUCAUUUAUUUAUUUGAAAAUAAUAUAAAUACUGAAAAAACAGACAGAAAGAUUUAUAUGUCACUAAUUCCUAGUUAGGAAUAUUAUUUAGUUUUUCUAGCCAAAAUGAGCCAAUCGUUAGUGUUGCCUGAUAACAAAGCGACUCAGUUUCUCGAUAUACUCAAUUCACUUGGUUGUCCAUACACACAAGAUGUGGAAGCUUCGUAUAUGAGUGAACUUCUUCUGAGUCAAGGAGAACACAGGAUUCAUCUACUUCUAUGGAUAUUUGGUGGAAUUCAUCCAAAUGUUGAAAAGAUUGUUGGAGCUCAGGAUAUCAUUAUGAGACAACAAUCUGAUCUUGGAGUGGAUAAAAGGAUUCAGUUGUUAACAAGUUUAGCAUCAUUUUUCGGCUUAUGUAGACCGGAAGAUUUGGAUCUUAUCAGAGGUCGUGCAACAUUAAACAAACAGGUUUCCUUUUGGAAUAAAUUGUUUGACAUAACCAGACCUUGUAAGAAGGGUACUCAUGAAGCUGACAAUGAGAUUAUGGAUAUUUUAACAAACCCAGAUCAAAAUAUGAUAGUACAGUCGACAUCCAAACAACUUGAUCUCUUGCCUCAUAACCUCAAAAAAGAAAUGUCAAUGGUUUUAACAACUCAAAAGAAUUCGAAACCUGGAUUUCAAGAGAUUGAAAAGCAUUUUGAAAAAAUACAAGAAAAUCUUGAACACUACGAAAAUAAAUUGUCAGGAUUAUUGAAAGAUGUAAAAUAUACGAAUCCUGAUGAUAAAACAGCUCAAAGCAGUAUAGCUUGUACCCUUAGUCUUACUUUGAAUGAUUUGGAUCAAAUGUUAACAACAUUUGAACAAGUUUUUGCCAAUAAUUAUCUUCCUUACUGCAAUAAACACAAAGAACAAUUCGGAAAUCUAGGAUCUGUUGUACAGAUUGUCAAUAAACAACUAAUUUAUGUUGUUCAGACCUUUGAGAAUCUCCAAAGCAUACAACAAUCAAAUGACGCCACUGUAAAAUGUUUCAAAAAUUGGCCGAAAAUGAAAGAAAAAGUUGCAGGAUUUACGUCAACAAUUGAAUCAUUUUUGUAUGAUUCACUUCAAUGUCUAGAUAAAUUAUCACAAACUGGGAAUAUAGAAUCUAUGUUGGAGAAUGGCUCAAAUACACACAUUCAGGCAGAAAGCAAUUCCGUAUCGAAAUUGCAUGAUACCAUAUCUGAAAUUUCUACAAUAAAGUGAUUUGUUUGAUUUAUUUUGCUUGCUGAUUGUAAAUUCUCAUACAAAUUUGAUAAUACUUCCUAAUUGAAUUUAGAUUCAGAGUAUUGCAUGAUAACAAAAACUGUUAAAUGCAAGUGAAAUUUAUAGUUUUUUUUAAGAAGUUUAAUUUAUCUUCAUGCUCUUCGUAGUUUGUCUAUGGAGAGACUGAUAUUCCAAUUCUCAUCAAUAGGUGGUUUGAAAAUAUGGCUCCAGUGAACCCUCUUUUAACAGCCAGACUUAUUAAACUUGCAUUGUAAUCUUGUCUUUCAAUAUGAAGUUAUUGUCGAAUUGCUAUUAUUGAUAAGUGAGAAUGCUGUUUGGCCUAUAUUCAUUUAAUAUUCUGAAUAUGUUCCCCAUAUAAUUUAUUCUUUCGAAAUCUGUCAUUGUUUUCUAGUCAAAAUAGAAAUUGUUUAUGGUUCGAUAUUUCAUAUAUAAAUAGCCAUUAUUAACCUUAGGCUUAGAGUGCUCUAUAUAUGUAUACGUAUUCUGUUAGAUAUAUUGUGUGGACAAAAUUAAUGUAGGCUAUUUACUUUUUGAUAUUUUUUAGG